CUGUCAACCGCGACUGUUUCAAAAGUUUUGCGCAAGCAUUUUCUAAAACCGCCGUGAAAAUUAAAAAAAAAUUGAUUGAGUUUGAUCGUUUUUAUUCAAACGAUUUUUACUUGUUUUCGUCAGCUGGAAAUGCUAUUUUGAAUUUGUCGGUAAAAUGUUUAGUUUCAGCAAAAAGGCUGCUCCCGUAAAGCGAGACAUAAAACGCGAUCCAUCUGAGUUUGGUCUGUUCGGAAUAGGCGACGAUAUAGAUGACGAUGGCAGUGAUAUUGAUAUUGAUGGAGAUGAUGGUGAUUUAGAGGCAGAACUGGCUGCGAUCGCUUCUGGGUCUGGGGUUGGUAAAAAACCCAGGCAGAAGCCGAAAUCGAAAGGUGGCAUUGUAGCACCAGAAGCACUAGAUGCUAUGGUGGCAGCCAGCCUACGGGAUAUCGGAAGUGACGAAGAGUUCUCCGACGAUGAAGAUGAUUCGGAUCUGAUGAAUGAACUUGCGGCAAUUUCUAGCGGUGUGGUCGAAGAAGAAUCGGAACCGGAUAGAGCGUCACCACCAAAAAAAGCUGCCUCUUCCGGUACUGCAACGAAGGAUCUGAUUAAAAUGAGAAUUGAGAUGUAUGUCACAGCGGAGGAUAACGCGAAAAAGGCGGGUGAUUCGGGUAAAGCUAGGCGAUUUAAUCGAGGUUUAAAAACGUUAAAGGAUCAACUGAAACAGGUAGAAGCUGGGAGAUCGAUGGAUCCAAGUGAAAUACCACCUGAAGUUAGCGUAAAAAUGGCAGGGACAGUAAGUCCAAAACCAGCAACUCCAAAAGUGGAAGAAGCAGUCGAUACCCCAGCAAUACCCACUAGACGUGCUCCUGCUCCUCCACCAGGUGGUACCAUUCUAGAACCUGAGCUGUCUAAUUCGGUUUCAUUACCGCCUUCUGAUCCAGCCCCGGUGUUUGAGUCCACCAGCACUAUAAAACCACCAGAAAAGAAAGAAGAAUUGACGGGAAAUCCUCAAUUAGUUAUACUAAAUGAAAGGAAAAAUCAGUAUAAAGUAGCUGCUUUGGAAGCGAAAAAAGCGGGGAAUACAGAGAAAGCAAUAAGAUUUAUGAAAACCGUCAAGCAAUUCGAUACGGUAAUACAUGCCUUAGAAAACGGUCAGGAAGUUGACUUGAGUAAGAUGCCACCGGCACCAUCCGAACUUGAAGAAAGAUCGCCAGCUGCUGCACUUGCUCCACCAGUACCUCCCCGAAGGGUUCGAAAAGAGGAAGAUGCCACCCAAAAGGAUGCCAUUGUUGUGCCUAUCGUAACCUCUACAGUAGAACCAAAUCCGGAUUCGCAAGAACCUGAAGAAAAAGAGGAAGAGGAAGUUCUCAUACAAGCAUCUACUGUUUUGGAAGCUCUACAACAGCGCCUGGACAAGUAUAGGUCAGUCGAAAAGGCGGCCAAAGACGAAGGGAAUGCGUCCAAGGCACGCAGAAUAGGUCGAAUCGUGAAACAGUAUGAGGAUGCGAUUAAGAUGCACAAGGCAGGGAAGCCAAUCCCAAUAGACGAACUACCGACACCGCCCGGUUAUGCGCCAAUUCCAGUGGAUCAACCAGCUAAGCCACAACCAGCUCCAUCACCAAGGCCUGUUUCGAAAGCGGCGAGUGUAAUUCCUGCGGUUGCACCAGUAGCAGUUCCAGGUUCUAGUAAAGAAACAAAGUCGGCUCUAACCCAAAAUGAAAAGCAAAUUGCAGUGCUAACAUCGCGCCUUAAGGAAUAUCGACAGGCAGCAGUGGAAGCCAAAAAGGCAGGCGAAUUAGAGGAAGCCAAGGAAUACAUACGAAUAUACAAAGGCUUGGAAAAACUGAUUGAUACCGCUCGUGGUGGGAUUCCGAUCGAUAUGGCCACCAUACCGAUAGCUCCAGCGAAGCGAAGCUCGUUGGAGGAUUCGUUCACUAUUGUUGCUCAGGAAGAUUGCACUGCGGAGGAUGAUGCAGAUGUGGAUCUGAACACUCGUUUGGAGGAGCAACUCUCGAAACAGUUGAUAAUGUGUAAGAAUACCAGAGAUCACCAUCGAGCUAUGGGUGACGUUGCUGGAACGAACCGAUUUGAAAAUCUGGCCUGUAGUGUACAGAAGGAUUUGGAUUUUGUUAGGUUAGCUCACAAGAAAAGAUUACCGGUGCCUAAAUUUCACUAUGAGUUGAAGGAGUUCAACGUGGUUAAAUGUAAUACGGAUUUAUCGGAUAAUGAGAUUGAAGUGACGGUGGUGAGAGGCAUUACAUAUAACGUUCCUAAUCCGAAAGAAAUCGAUACUUAUGUGAAGUUGGAGUUUCCUUAUCCACAGGACGAUCCGUUCAAAAUUAAAACCGCCCUCGUGCGUGAUACGGACAAUCCAGAGUACAAUCAUCGACAGAGUAUCGAAAUACAGCGAAGCCAGCGGGCAUGUCAACGAAUUUUCAAAAGACAGGCCGUCAAGUUUGAAGUAUUCUCGAAAGGGUGUUGUUGGGGUGCUGGAUGCUGUUUUCGUAGUUGUGCCUCGCGUUCGUCAAGAUUUUUUUCAUGCUCCUCCUGUUUCAGAGGUUUCCUACGCUCGGAUACGCUGAUUGGAACGGUCACGGUCAAAUUACAACCACUGGAGACGCAAUGUGAGAUUCAUGAUUCGUUCCCGCUGAUGGACGGACGCAAAACGGUUGGCGGUACACUGGAAGUGAAAAUACGUGUUCGCAAUCCGAUAGUGACAAAGCAGAUUGAACAGAUUAAGGAAAAGUGGCUGAUUGUCGAUGCAUGAAAAGAACUGCCAUCGAUGGGUGGCAACCAACAGAUACCGGUGCGGUGAAAAAGUCCAAACAAAGGAGAAAAACAUUCAAUUGAAUCUGCAUUGUAUAUCGGGAGCGGUACAACUGCAACGCUUAUUUAUAUUGGAACGAAAGUUAGUGGGUGCUUUUAAAAGCCAUAGCCAGAAACAAUCGAGAAAGCGCUUUAAAUAUUUGUUGAGUUUUAGAGAGCUUGUACAACGCCGGUUGUAGUGAAAAGUUCAGCUACGAACUGAUUUCUGAUUCUACAUAUUGUGAUAGAAUACUAGGAAUAUCAAUAAAGAGGUAAACG